UUACAUAUGAGGUUAUCAAUUACACUUGUAUUUUUCUGCCUGAAUUUUCGACUCAAAAUGCUCAACUUAAAACUAUAUUUUUCUCAAAAAUACAAAAUUUUUCUUGGCUCACUCUUUCACAGAGACAUCAUUGGUUGGCCUCUCUUUCACUUUGCGGCUACGAUUUUCUGCUUCCGGUUGCUAACAAUGCAAUGAGCAACGUUAAAAGUUUCGCAUUUCUACUGUAUCUUAUCGGCUUAUGGAGUCUGUCACAUGAAUAUAACGAUACUACACUUAUAACAGGGGAUGGCAUAACCGUUUGCCAAUACAUUGAUAAUAAAGGCCCAUUUGAAACCUUCAAGCGCGGCAAAGAAAACGAUACCAAAAUUAGAACGAAUGUCUACUUUGGAUCCCUUGAAACACCGCAUUCAAGUAGUAAUAUUCACAGCAGUAUCCACUCGGCUCUCCUACUAUCUCUUAUAGUGCAGAAACUAGAUUUAUGGUAUCGACAGCGACUUUAGGCCAUCAUUAAAUAUUUAAUUUAACUUCUACUAGUGUCAGAAGCAUUGAAAACGUUUGGAAUGAAUUAAAUAAAAUGAGAGACCUUUUACGCACUCAA